AUGCGACUGGAGGAAGCCAUCAUGGCGCACUUACCUGGACAUAGCGAGGCUGCGGUGAGCGAGUACCGCACCGACUCGGGCGAACUGCGCCCCCUUUACGCCGACGUUAUGGCGGCGCUCGACGGUAUGGGCGACGAAGGCAUGCGUCAGCGCUGGCGUCAGGCUAAGCGCGAGGUGGCGCUGGAUGCCUUCUCAUUUGCGCUCGACCCAAAGGAGUUCCGCCCGGUCCCGUCAGACUGGAUUCCACGCCUCAUAGAUAUUGACGAGUGGCAGGUCAUUAAGGCGGGCGUGGAGCAACGAAUGAAGGCGCUCAACCUGUUCCUGCUUGACCUGUACACGGGGAAGCAGGAAGUCGUGCCGGACGAUGUGGUCUAUUCCUGCCAAUUCUUCUACCCGGAGUACCAAGGCUUUCGGCCGGCGAAGGAUGUGUUCGCGCAUAUCUACGGCAUCGACCUCGUUCAGCAGAGCGACGGGCGAUAUGUCAUUCUCGAAGACAACCUGCGGAUACCGUCAGGCAUCACAUAUCAGUUGAAGUCGCUGGAAAUUGCCAGCUCCGUAAUGCCUGAAUUGCGCGAGGGCUACGACAUCGUGCCCUACGACAUCAAGGAUACCUAUCUCGACCUGUUCGCCUCACUAUGCGACAAUUCUGAGCCGACAUGCGCGCUGCUGACCGACAGCAAGUUCGGCUCGGCGUUCUUCGAGCAUCGCUACCUGUCGGAGCUGCUGGACAUCCCGCUGGUGGAGGGCAGCGACCUGUACAUCGGCUAUGAAGGCGAUGUACGGAUGAAGACGUUGGACGGCGACGUGCAUGUUGAUCUCAUCUAUCGUCGAGUGGAGGACCUGGAGAUAUUCGUGCCGGGCCUCACGGACGCAUAUCUGAACGGUAAGGUGGUGCUGGUGAACGGCAUGGGCACGAGCGUCGCGGACGACAAGCUGGUGUUCCUGUGGGUGCCGGACAUGAUUCGUCACUACCUUGGCGAAGAGCCGAUUUUGGAUCAGGCAGUGAGCUACGACCUGGACGAUCCGGCAAGCCGCGCCUAUGUGCUGGAAAACCUUGACAACAUGGUGCUGAAGACACGGCAGGGCUACGGCGGUCUGGGUGUAUUCAUCAUGCCGGACCUUGGAGGGAAGCUACCGCGCGCAGCUGGCGCGGCAGAUAAUCGAGAACCCGCGCGCCAUGAUAGCGCAGGAUACCAUCGACUUCUCGCAGCAUGUCAUCUACGACGAAGAGGCAGGCGAGUUCGAUGA